AUGGCAUCACAAACACUCCCCCUCCGAUCUCGCCUCCUCUCUUCAAAACUCUUCAUCUCCGCCCUCUUCUUCUUCUCCAUCGUCACAAUCACCUUGGCAGGCGACGAUGCCACUUCAACCCCCGCUCAACAGAGCGCUCCGUUCGUGGACCAGGCCACCGGCCUGAACAUGGAGCGCUUCUUCGGUGCCCGAACAUCAUUCGCCUUCGCCAUGGCCCUCCCGGAGCAGAACGGGAGCGCCGGAGCCGGGUCUUUCAUCGGACAACUCUCCUUUCCUCUCGUCAACGGCGCCGGAUGGGGCGCCAUGGGCUUGACCGGCGAAAUGGAGGGCAACUUUAUCCUAGCCGCAUGGCCGGAUGGUGCUGGCGGCGUGAUGGCUUCUUUCCGGCAGGCAACCGACGAAGAUAACCCGCCCGAAGUCAAAGGCAACUUUGCCGUUCGACCAAUCGCCGAAAGCGUUUCCGUCAACGCCACAUCUCUCACGUACACCUUCCUCUGCGAAAACUGCCUCGAUACAACAUUGGGACUGGGCCCGGAGGCUACGAAUGCGAACGCGGUUAUGGGAUGGGCGCUGUCUGAGAAGGCAGUCAGGAACCCGAGCGAUCCCGGGGCGAAUCUUGGAUUUCACGAGCGUGGGUUUGGGCCGUUUACUGCGAGGUUGGGGAAUGCGAGAACGGCGCAGUUUGCGGCGGUGGCUGCGACUGCUGGGCAACCGGUAGCAGGCUCGGCCAAGGCGGUCGCUGCAACGCCGAAUGCUUUCAAGGAUGGUGGUGAUGACGACGAUGAUGAUAAGAAGAAGAAAGGGAAUGUUCCGGACGAAGCGCAGCACGAAUAUGAAGAGACACUCUUGCACAAGCUGAUUAACACGGCAGCUGAUGACGAAUCCGCUUUAGAGGAUCUUGAAGAAAAACUAGAAGAAUGGAAGCCUUUGCUCAACAUUCGCUGCCCGGAUACCAAGGAAGCCGCUCUUCUACUCGCCAUCUGGAAGGGGUUUGAAGGCGUGACUGCUAGGCUUGCCCAGACAGGGGCCGACAUUGAGCUCGAGGAUGACUCCGGGUGGUUGCCUUUGCAAGCAGCCUGCGAUGUUGGUAACGAGACGAUUAUUGAAGCAUUGCUGAGGGCCAGGGCUGAUGCUGCCAAAAGAGGUCACGAUGGACAAUAUCCCCUCGAUGGAGCUGUCAGAUGGCCCCUGAAAUCCCGGUUGUUGAGAGAGCUCGUUAAGCCGCAUGAGCAGUCCAUCAACGAGGUCUACAAGGAGUCUGAAUGGCCUCCGCUUAAUAGGGCUGUGUAUCAUGGCACUGAAAGUGCCGUUGACCUCCUGCUAGAAGUCGGUGCGAGCCUCAGCAUGGUGGACUUUGAGAAAUGGACACCUUUGAUGACAGCCAUGAGACAGAACUAUCCCAAAAUCGUGGCAAAGCUGCUCCACAACUUGAUAGGGCAAGCUCCAAAAUAUAUCCAAUCAGCUAUCGAUAUGCCAGGUUUGGAUGGAAUUACGCCGGUUAUGCUUCUCUGUGGUGGAGCUCUGCUCGUUGACGCCUCUGGCAACUCAUCAACGGCUUCGGAUAUCAUUACGGAGCUGUUGAAGCUUGGCCCGGAUAUCAAUGCGAUCGACUUGGGAGAGAACACGGUACUGCAUCACGCGAUGAAUGCUGCAGUACCACGGGAUGAGAACCUCACCAAAGGCCUGAUUCAAUUGAUGCGACCAGAAAGAAUCCUACAAUCAAACAUUCGUGGCGAGACAGCGUUUGACUCUUGCUUCGACAAGGACAAAGACUGUCCAUUUCCUGAAAGCAGAGGUUUGGUACAAUUCCUCAUUGAACUUUUUGCUCGAGACCAAACACUUCAAGCAGUAGGGUUGAACAAGAAGGGCAAUGAGGCCAGCCCAGUCGGCGAGGACAGAGAGCUGGGUUUGAGCUUAAUUCGAAGGUUAAGAGCAGAGACACAAGCCUCACUACGACGGCCGAGUGAGCCCGACCGGCAAAGACGGCAGGCGGAACAGAAAUCAUCUGAUCAAACAAGAGAUGGAGACCCUGACCUGAAAGAUCUGAAAGACUUGGAGGAUAUCUUGGACUAUCUUUAUCCGGAGAAGGCCGAGAGAAGAGCCAGCCCGUGUGACCUAUCGGAGCAAACUGAGCCUAUGAAGGAGACUUCUCAGCGCUUCCGCGCCGCCAUUAUUCAAAAUAACUUCUUCAAAUUCCGAAAUGUGCAGGAGAUCUUGUACGACUCAGAUCAGAUGGAGAAUGUGCGACAGACCGUUGAGAGACUCCAGAAGUUCGAGUACAACCCCAAUCCGCACAAGCAAGCAUCACCUCACGUCUCUGGUGCCAGCUUCAGAGUUGGUCCGGAUUUUACGUGGAUACAUCUACCGGCAAGCAACAUUACAUAG